AUGCGCGCCACCGUCUCCCGCGUCGUCGCCCACGCGUCGUCAUCCAUCGUUCGAUAUCGAUGGAUAUCAUCGCGAUCGUCUCCACCUCCUCGCUCGCCCGCCACGCCGUUCGCGUCGUCGUCGGAGUCGUGGCGAGACGUCAACUCUUUGGACGGCGCGCUCGAUGCCUCGGACGCGCCGUACGUCACCAUCGCUCGCGUCGCGAGGAGCGCGGUGGGUGCGCUGUCCGAUAUCUUACUCUCCAUGGGCGCCUCGAGCGUGAGCACGACGGACGCGGACCGAGGGACGGCGUCGGAGGAGGAGAUUUUCAGCUCGAACACAUUCGUCGAGGCGGCGAGCGACGCGGCGCGGGCGCGGGUGUGGGCGCGGUGCGAUCUCACGGCGUAUUUCGACACGAAAGAGCACGCGGUCGAGGCCGUGCGCUCGGCGGAGAUGAUUUUGGGGGUAAAACUCGACGCCGCGCACGACGUCGCGCGGUCGAACGACUGGGUGGAGGCGGUGAAGGAGUCGUUCUCGCCGAUUGAAGUCGCGAGCGGAUUGAACAUCGUACCGAAUUGGGUGAGCGACGUGGACGAGAGCGCGGUGAACAUUAUGCUCGAACCCGGGAUCGCGUUCGGCACGGGGGAGCACCCGACGACGCGAUUGUGCCUUCGCUGGCUCAAGAAGACGAUUUCACAGCGCGCGCGCACGGAACUCGUCGUCGACUUUGGGUGCGGUUCGGGUGUUCUCGCAAUCGGAGCGCUCCUCUUGGGCGCCGAACGAGCGGUCGGUGUGGAUCUUGCGAGACAAGCGGUGCAAAGUUCAAUGGAUAAUGCCAAGUUGAACGGUGUUGAGCACCGAUUGAGUACGUUUUUGGGCGACGGCACCGAUCCGGGAACACCAGGCGCAAACGGUCAAGCGGACGUCGUCAUCGCGAACAUCUUGAUUCAACCGGUUCUUGAGCUAGAACCACUCUUUGCUCGAUAUUGCAAAACAGGCGGAGAGGUGGCAUUGAGUGGAGUUCUACACGGUGAACAGAGCGCAUCCGUCGUGGCGAAAUAUUCGACGCACUUUGACAAUCUUUCGGUAGACGAAGAGGGCGGCUGGGCGUGCGUGCACGGUACGCGCAACGCCGUCCCGGCGUAG